AUGCCAUCCCCAAACCCGCUCCGUGUUGGACACUUCGUCCAGACUCCAGACCAGCCCCUUCACUCAGCACACAUAUUCUGCGCACGCAAAUAUCCGCCGCACGAGGGGGACGGUUUGAAAAAAAAUGGCCCGAAGCCCAAUCUUCUCGGCAACCCUCCAAGCGGCCCUCCUCGGCGCCACAUCCAACAUCCUCGCGCAGCUCAUCGAGGCACACAGGAAACAGGCACGUAUCCCUCCCUCCCCCAGGGCCGCCCGCGCACGGAGAGGCUGACGAGCCAGACCGCCACCGAGGUCGACUGGAUCCCCGUCUUCCAGUUCCUCAUGUUCAGCGUCGUCAGCACGCCGCCCAACUUCCUAUGGCAGGAUUUCCUGGAGUCCUCUUUCCCGGCGCGCGGACGGCGCAGGGGCGAGGAGCGGCUGAGCGUGCGCAACACGCUGCUCAAGCUGGCGCUCGACCAGACGGCGGGGGCGGCGUUCAAUACGCUCCUGUUUAGCGUGUACAUGCACUCGAUUCACUCGGCCAUGCCUGAGGCGCCGCGCGUCACGAGCUUCACCAAGGCCGCGGGCUACUGGAUGUCUCCGGGGGCCAUUGACUUCUCGUCCGUCGACGUGGCUGCGGUGUGGUGGGCGGCCCUCGCCGAGUUUUGGACCAUUGUGCUGGCGGGCUUGAAGCUUUGGCCUGCAGUGAGCUUGGUGAACUUCACCUUGGUCAAGACGGUCGAGGGGAGGAACCUGGUGGGCUGUGUGGCAGGCCUGGGUUGGGGGGUCUACAUGAGUAUGAUUGCUGCCAAGCAGUGA